ACGUUUUUUCUUUUUCUUUUUGUGUUCCUUGUACCUCGUGGUUUUCUCUAUCAGACCCCAUCUUCCUCUCUCUUUCACUAGUCGCUUUUCACUGCAAAUUCUAGACCCAACUCCCAACGUACACUCUCUUUCUUCUUUCUCUUCUCUAAUGGCUUCGCUAUUCCCAUAAACCCCCCUAUCUCCGGCUCUAAUUUUAAGGUCUGAGGGAGAUUUCAGUUUGAAGCCCUACCAUAAAAUGAGUCCCCAUGACUCUUCCAUAACCAGCAGCAGCGGCAGCUCCUCCUCCUCCUGCUCCGCCUCUCACGUCGACCAGAUCGACAGCCUCCUCGCCGGCGCCGGCUACAUGGUCCGCUCCUCCGACCUCCGCCACGUCGCUCAGCGCCUCGAGCAUCUGGAGAGUUUCAUGGGGAGCAGCCCGAUGGGGUCCGAGAUCUCUCAGCACCUCGGAAACGACGUCGUCCACCAGAACCCUUCCGACCUCGGGUCGUGGGUCGAUUCCUUGCUGUCGGAGCUCCACCCGCCGCCCGUACCCGAAUUCGCCGCUCCCUCGGAUUCCAAUUUCGUCCCCGCCGCGGGUCCCACCGGGUGGAGCGAAUGUGAGGCGAUGCUGCAGCAGCCGCCGCAGAUUGUUUCCCCCGCGCAUCUAACGGUGGUAACGGCCAUGGAGCAGGAGGAUUCCGGCAUCCGAUUGGUGCAUGCGCUGAUGACGUGUGCGGUUUCCGUCCAACGUGGCGAGUUCUCCUUAGCCGGAUCCUUGAUCGACGAAUUGCAGCUGCUCCUGACACGUGUCAAUUCCGGCUGCGGCAUCGGAAAAGUCGCCGGCUACUUCAUCGACGCCUUGAGCAAGAGGCUCUAUACGCCGCAAGGGGUUAGCCUAAUGGGAUCAGCUUACGAGGACGAGAUUUUGUAUUCCCAUUUCUACGAGGCGGCUCCGUAUUUAAAAUUCGCUCAUUUCACGGCUAAUCAAGCCAUAUUAGAGGCAUUCCACGGCCACGAUUGCGUCCACGUCAUCGAUUUCAACUUGAUGCAUGGCUUGCAAUGGCCGGCAUUGAUCCAGGCGCUGGCUUUACGUCCCGGAGGGCCGCCGUUACUCCGGUUAACCGGCAUUGGGCCGCCGUCCCCCGACGGCCGCGAUUCCUUACGUGAAAUCGGGCUCAAGUUAGCGGAAUUGGCGCGUUCCGUUAACGUCCGGUUCGCCUUCCGCGGCGUGGCGGCUUCGCGGCUCGACGAUGUGAAGUCGUGGAUGUUACAAGUUGGGUCAAACGAAGCCGUGGCGGUGAAUUCGAUAAUGCAGCUGCACAAAUUGCUCGGCCCGGACCCGAUCCGCGGCUCGCCCAUCGAUACGGUUCUUGGGUGGAUCAGGAGUUUGAACCCGAAAGUUGUGACCGUUGUUGAGCAGGAAGCGAACCAUAACCAGCCCGAAUUUCUGGACCGGUUCACCGAAUCUCUGUACUACUACUCCACAAUGUUCGAUUCGCUGGAGGCUUGCCCGGCUCAGCCCGAGAAAGCCCUAGCGGAGAUGUACAUUCAGAGAGAGAUUUGCAAUGUGGUGUGUUGCGAGGGCGUGGCUCGGGUGGAGAGGCACGAGCCGUUGGGAAAGUGGAAGGCUCGACUCACCGGAGCCGGCUUCAAGCCCCUGAAUUUAGGCUCUAAUGCAUUCAAGCAAGCCAGCAUGUUAUUGACUCUAUUCUCAGCCGAAGGCUACAAUGUUGAAGAGACCGAAGGGUGUUUAACACUCGGGUGGCACAGUCGACCUCUCAUCGCGGCUUCGGCUUGGCAGGCCAGCCGUGACUGAGCCAACCGAGCCGUUCACUUGGGGGUAAAUUAGUCAUUUUAGUUGUCAAAUCUUUAGUAGCUUUAGCCCCCUAGUGCGACGUUUAUUCAGUACACACCUUUGGAUAGUGAUUACGAGUUUUUUUUUCUGGUCACAUAGUAUAUGUUCUCUUAUGAGUUGAAUCAUGGAAGAGUUAAUUACAUAUUGUACAAGGCAAGGCAAGGGAACCCAACAAUCUUUGAAGUUGUGUAGUGAUAGUGAUGGGUUGGGUUGGGUUGGGUUUGUAUGUAAAAUUUCUCCUUCUGAAAACUAAAUUAAACUUCUUUGUUUCAUAUAAUGUGAAAAAGAAGAAAAAUAUUGAAUGCUUAAUAUAAAAGUUACA